AUGAGCGGAGCCGGUAAGAAAGUCGCCGAUGUCGCUUUCAAAGCUUCGAGGACUAUAGAUUGGGACGGUAUGGCUAAGGUCCUUGUCACCGAUGAGGCUCGCAGAGAGUUCUCUAACCUCCGUCGUGCGUUCGAUGAGGUUAACACGCAGCUCCAGACCAAGUUCAGUCAGGAGCCUGAACCCAUAGAUUGGGAUUUCUACAGGAAGGGUAUUGGCUCUGGCAUUGUGGACAUGUACAAGGAAGCUUAUGACAGCAUUGAGAUUCCCAAGUACGUUGACACUGUUACUCCUGAAUACAAGCCCAAGUUUGAUGCUUUGUUGGUGGAGCUGAAAGAAGCAGAACAGAAAUCGCUCAAGGAGUCUGAAAGGUUGGAGAAAGAAAUUGUUGACGUCCAAGAGAUAAGCAAAAAGCUCAGCACCAUGACUGCAGAUGAGUACUUUGAGAAGCACCCAGAACUCAAAAAGAAGUUUGAUGACGAAAUCCGUAACGACAACUGGGGAUACUGA